CAAACGUCAAACAUUUUCGCAGACUUUUCGGCGAGUGCAAGCAGUUUUCUGUGUGAGCUUAAACAGAAAAUUCCAGUUUUCUCGCGUUUAGUGUUUUUUCAAUUUCACUUCCCAAGAUAAAACAAUAAAGAAAUUGUUUGUGCGCUCGCUCGAUCGAGUUCAACAAGUAUUCUGUGGUGAAGUUCAGGCACAAAUUAAAAUAUUUGCACGCAAUGGAUGACGGAAGAGAAGAGCAUCAAUUCGUCGUGGAUGAUGUGAGCAAGAUUAUCAAGGAAGCGAUUGAGACUACAAUCGGGGGCAAUGCGUAUCAGCACGAUAAGGUGAACAACUGGACUGGGUCGGUAGUGGAGACUUGUCUCAGCGUUUUAACUAAACUGCAGAAACCCUACAAGUACAUUGUCACCUGCAUGAUUAUGCAGAAGAAUGGCGCUGGAUUGCAUACUGCAAGUUCUUGCUUUUGGAACAAUGAAACGGAUGGUUCAUGCACUGUGCGCUGGGAGAAUAAAACGAUGUACUGUAUUGUGUCGGUAUUUGGAUUAUCUAUCUAAGUUAGUUAAUUAUGAAGUUAUUGACUAUGUUAAGGGCAUGUAUCCCAGCUCCCGUUUAUUCUGGCGCCAGUGGAACUAGCUGUUACUAAUAUAUUUACCCUUUUUAAAUA